AUGACCGCCACCAUGUAUCGGGAGAGGAAACCCGUUGUCGUCGCCGGCCGUGACGGUGUCGACGACGACUACGAGUGCCUCGAAUACCUCACCUACCGACCGCUGUCGAACCUGCCGACGCCGCCUCCCUCCUGGAGAGACGCGUCCUCCGCCUCGCAGUCACCCUCCUGCCUCGAGGCCGGCGAACAGCUCCAUCCCAAGUUUCGAGGGCCCGCAAUCCACCUCGUCAACCUCAUCCCCUCCUCGGCCUCCCUCGCCGUGGCAUCGGUACCCCUGGUCCAGGCGAUGCUCACCCGUGCCGACCUGCCGCUCGACGUCGUCGCCCUCGCCGUCUGCGUCCUCGACAGCCUCGAUGCCAAGUUUGCCCGCGCCUGGCGACUCUCGUGCCCCGUCGUGCCGGGCGAAACGGCAAGCACGGACGCCGAGACGGAUUCUAGCACGACGACGAGCGCCGAGAAACACCCUCGGCCGUUCCAGACCCACACGCCGCCGCCGACGCCGCCGCUCUACCAGGCUGCCCAGCGACAGAUGCUGCACAUCGACUCGGUCAAGCCGGAGCUCAUCAUCCUCGCCGCCCUCGUCAUCGCCGUCAAGUUCACCCAAGACCCUCAGCAGACGACCCAGCGCUACUGCUCGGACUGGGGCAGGAGCUCUUGGUCGGCCGACCAGCUCAACGUGACGGAGCGCUGCAUCAUGGAGAGCCUCGACUACAGGAUCAUGCCCCUGUGCGAAGAGGACUGCCUGACGGAUGCCAUGGUCGACAUGCAGCUGGCCGGUCAGCAAGGAGACUCCUUUGCACGCCAGCCAUCACCUCCGGACAGUGUCGGCAUCGACGAGUGA